AUCAAUAUUAAUAAAUCAUUGAUUCAGCUACCACCUCGCUGGUAUCUUGAGCCUAAUAACAAACAAGAAAACUUAUACAACAGAUGUCGGCCGUUAUAUUACGUUCUAAUCCCAAAGAAAAUAUCUAAUCCUAAUAGUACUUUUAAACAGAACUGUUUGGAUUAUCAAAAAAUAUUAUUGAUUCAGCCAUUAAAGCUGAUAUAUGUUGAGAGCUAUAUGAUAUAAUGUACAGAAAAAAUUAUGACAACUAAUGAUAAUGUUAUUGAUGUUACCGGGUGCAAACAGAUAUUAAGGGAUAGCACACAUACUACAACAGACAACAAAGAAAAUGCUGACGAUAAUGGCAACACCAAAGGACAUGAGUAUGGAAAGAUUGUAAAGUGCAAACAGUACGGUCAUUAUGCUAAAACUUGUCAGACUUUGAUGCUUUAGAAUUUUCAUUAGGUUUGUUGCUAGGUAUCUUUAGGGUUUGUCUUUAGGUUUCUUUAGAUUUCUUUAUUUGUUAGGUUGGGCUUCGUUAUUUCUUUAGGUAUCGUAAGUUCGCUUGGGGUUUUUUCUUUAUUCAUUAAUCAUUAGUUUUCUUUAAGGUUAUUCGUUGGUUGGAUUUAUUAGUCAUUUUUAUUUUAAAGGUUCUAAUCAACCUUAUAAAGUUUUGUUGGACUUGCACUUCCAACAUUAUAACCAUGAUCGAAUUCGUUAUC